AACAGAAAAACUGGCGAUCACAAACCAGUCAGAACAACAGUUUAAAGUGUCUCAUGCAAAAUGCUCUCAUGCAGCGCUUAAUUAUUUGCUUGUGUUACAGAAAGCGAUAGACCUUGCUAGCAAGGCAGCGCAAGAAGAUAAAGCAGGAAACUAUGAGGAAGCCUUCCGCUUGUACCAACACGCUGUGCAAUAUUUUCUUCAUGUCGUUAAGUAUGAAGCACAGGGUGAUAAAGCAAAGCAGAGUAUUAGAGUGAAAUGUACAGAAUACUUGGACAGAGCAGAAAAACUGAAAGAAUAUCUGAAAAAGAAAGAAAAAACUGCACCAAAACCAGUUAAAGAGUCUGGUCCUGCUGAUGGAAAAGGGAAUGACAGUGAUGGGGAAGGGGAGUCAGAGGAUCCUGAAAAAAAGAAGCUGCAGAAUCAACUUCAAGGAGCAAUUGUUAUGGAGCGACCAAAUGUCAAAUGGAGUGAUGUUGCUGGCCUCGAAGGUGCCAAAGAAGCACUUAAAGAAGCCGUGAUACUGCCCAUUAAAUUUCCACACCUCUUUACAGGAAAGAGAACACCCUGGAGAGGGAUUCUCCUCUUUGGACCACCAGGAACAGGCAAAUCUUACUUGGCAAAAGCUGUGGCGACAGAAGCAAACAAUUCCACCUUCUUCUCAGUAUCUUCCUCUGACCUUGUCUCAAAGUGGUUAGGUGAAAGUGAAAAAUUAGUGAAAAACUUGUUCCAGCUUGCCAGAGAGAACAAACCUUCUAUUAUUUUCAUUGAUGAGAUAGAUUCCCUCUGCGGGUCAAGAAGUGAAAAUGAAAGUGAGGCUGCUAGACGGAUAAAAACAGAAUUUCUAGUCCAGAUGCAAGGUGUUGGUGUUGACAACGAAGGAAUCUUGGUCUUAGGAGCAACGAACAUACCCUGGGUUUUGGAUUCUGCUAUCAGGAGACGGUUUGAGAAGCGCAUUUAUAUUCCUUUACCUGAAGACCAUGCUAGGGCUGCGAUGUUCAAACUUCACCUUGGGUCAACUCCAAACGUCCUGACAGAAUCCGAUUAUCGAGAGCUCGGAAAGAAAACCGACGGCUAUUCUGGUGCAGAUAUAAGCAUCAUUGUACGUGAUGCACUGAUGCAGCCUGUUAGGAAAGUGCAAUCAGCUACUCACUUUAAAAAAGUAAAAGGACCAUCAGUGUCUAAUCCAAAUGUUAUGGUAGAUUUGUUGACCCCUUGCUCUCCAGGUGAUCCUGAAGCCAUAGAAAUGACAUGGAUGGACGUUCCAGGCGAUAAAUUGCUGGAGCCUCAAGUUUCCAUGGCCGAUAUGCUCAGGUCGUUAGCUAGCACAAAACCGACAGUUAAUGAACAGGACCUGGAGAAGUUGAAGAAGUUUACAGAAGACUUUGGUCAGGAAGGCUAAACCAAAGAUACAUGUGGAACAUUAGAACUUUUUUUUUUUUUUGCUUUCUUAAGUAUUCUUGUGUCUUUUAUCGAUGGCACUUCAAAAAAUGCCGAUAAAAUAACUCCUUUCUUACUUUGCAGAAGGAUUAGAAGAUACCUUUGCAAAGACCCUUAAGCUUUUAUAUUGUAUUGUUUUCCUCAGAUGUCUAUUAAAUGUCUUCUAUUGAAAAAGGAUAUGAAAAUGCAAUUUUAGGGUGAGACAGCAAAGUGAUGUGGUAAUGUCUGUUAAAUAAUAGAAAAGUUUUAAUUGAUCAGUUCAAUUUUAGAUACUAUUAGACCUGAGUACAAGUGAAUUUUAAAUUU